AUGGCGCUCCUUCAUAUCUCGGACCCUCCAUUUCAUCCAUCCAUUCCCCUUGCGACCUUGACUAUCAUCGCCGUUUGGGCAUUUUUGCGACUCUGGAGGAUAUUUUUCAAAAAUCCUUCCUACCCCCCUGGCCCUGUUGAGCGGAAUUUUUUGCUUGGAAAUUGGGACGAUAUUCCGACUGUCAAGCCAUGGGCAACCUAUGCUCAGUGGGGCAAAGUAUAUGGCGAUGUCGUUCAUUUCCGACUUUAUAGACAGCAUACAAUAAUUCUAAACUCGAUUGAGGCUGUGGAUGACUUGCUUGAGAAGAGGUCUAAUAUCUACUCCUCAAGAUCUCAAAUCGAAAUGGUUAAUUUAAUGGGAUGGGAUUUCGCCACAGGAAUCAAGCCAUACGGACCGCAAUGGAGAAACCAUAGGCGCUUCUUCCAAUACGUAUUCAGGUCGGCUGUGUCGCAAAGUUUGCGACCUGUUUUAUCCAAGAAAGUCAACGACUUGCUUUACAAUCUUCUGCUUACACCCGAGAACUUCAUUGGCCACUAUAAAUCUUUAGGUGCAGCAAAUAUUAUGGCGGCCGUGUACGCGUAUGACAUAGCGCCCACAAACGACUAUUUCGUAUCACUUUCGGAAAAUGCAACGGCCCGAGUAUCCUUGAGCCUUGCCCCUGGUCCCUCUGCCGUCAACGCGUUUCCCAUCCUGAAAUAUCUUCCGGAAUGGUUCCCAGGCGCCGGCUUUCACAAGUUAGCUAAUGAGACAAGAGAAUUAACAGAAGAGAUGCAAGAGCUGCCGUUCAGGCAUACUAAAAAGAUGAUGGACUCUGGAAACUCUCCUCUAUGCAUAGCUUCCGAGCUUAUGGAGAGGUUUAACUCAUCGGAAGAGGAUAUCGAAACCAUCAAAGAAGUGUGCGCGUCUAGUUAUGCAGGCGGAGCAGAUACGACCGCUGCUUCUCUUGGAAUGUUUUUUAUGGCAAUGGCUACACACCCCGAAAUCCAAAAAAAAGCACAACGAGAAAUUGACAACGUUGUUGGAAAUGGAAGACUCGUGACCUGGGAUGACAUGCAAUUGCUACCUUACAUCGACGCACUAAAUCGAGAACUGAUGCGAUGGAGGCCAGCAUUACCUCUUGGGAUUGCUCAUUGUACAACACAGGAUGAUGUUUAUAAAGGAUACUUCAUUCCCAAAGGCACCAUACCCACUAAUGGCAUCUUUCAUAGGGCAAUAUCACGCGAUGAGCGAAAGUUCAAGGAUCCAGAUCAAUUCAAUCCCGAUCGACACUUUGAUGAACACGGAAAUCUGAAGAAUGACUAUCAGUCCUACGCGUUUGGCUUUGGUAGACGUUAUGGCUAG